AUGAUUGCAGCGGGACGAAACGAGGUCUCCGUGUGGGAUAUUGUGAGCUUGCAAUGUGUGGAAGUGUUUGCUGUUAAAGCGGGAGAUGAAAAGACAACGGGAGUCAUGUUGGAAGCCUAUAAGGCUUUAGAGGCACCUCGAGAUACGGAUAUCUUGAUCCAUUCCUUUACAAACCAUGAAUCCAAGUUUGAGGAGAAUUCAAUCCGAGCUGUGGCAUCACCCUUUGAUUGUAAGUUUAUGAUUACAGGUGGUCAGGAUCGUAAGAUUCGGUUCUGGGAUACGUCGAGAGUGGAAAAUUCCGGUGUUGUUCUUGGUUUGGAUAUGGAUGAAGCAAAACCUCGACACAGCACAAACACAUUUGACACGAUCAAAUUUCACUUUGAAUUCACACAAUCCAAUAAGAAUAUUAUUCUUGUGACAGAAACAACGUAUCCCUUAAUCAUUAGUGCAGACCGAGAUGGUGUUAUUAAAGUCGUAUCCUAA